AUGCAAAGCCCAUCGGGGUCGCCGGCGCAGCCGGAGGAAAUUCUGGAAUGGCUUCAGCAAGAAACGGGCUACCGGCCUUUAGGGCCGUACUCUUCAUCAUCCAAGGCGACCUCAAUGCCGACUGCCGACUCUCUCCGGAAGGUUUGCCGCGGUAACAUGAUCCCAGUCUGGAACUUUCUGCUAAAGCGUGUGAAAUCGGAGAAAACGGUCGAUAAUAUUCGAAGGAAUAUUCUUGUUCAUGGCGUAGAUGGUAGUGGUGGUGGCCACGAUGUGAAGAACAGUAGGGGGAGGAGUAAGGAUAAAUUAGGAGCAGGGAAGGAGGGUUUGGCGGAUAGCAGUAGUAGGGAAAUGGCGUUGCAGGAGAGGGAAUUGGCAGAGAAAGAAGUGGAGAAAUUGAGGCAGACUAUGAGGCGUCAGCGGAAGGAGUUGAAGACGAGGAUGCUGGAGGUUUCGAGGGAGGAGGCUGAGCGCAAACGCAUGCUGGACGAGCGAUCUAAUUAUAGGCACAAGCAGGUAAUGUUGGAGGCUUAUGAUCAACAGUGUGAUGAAGCGGCAAAGAUAUUUGCUGAGUACCAUAAACGUUUACAUUAUUAUGUUAACCAAGCUAGGAAUGCUCAGCGAUCAAGUGUUGAUUCGCGUGAUGAAAUGGUUACCAGUUUCCAUGUAAAUAGUGAGAAAGUAGCUUCAGCUGUUAAAGGCGCCAAAUCUGCAGAUGACGUCAUACUUAUUGAGACAACGAGGGAAAGAAAUAUCCGAAAAGUGUGUGAAUCCCUUGUGAUGCAGAUGACUGAAAAGAUUCACAGCUCUUUUCCAGCUUACGAUGGAAGUGGAAUCCAUACAAAUCCUCAGUUGGAAUCUGCAAAAUUAGGAAUUGACUUUGAUGGUGAUUUAACCACUGAUAUUAGAGAUGUAAUUGUAGAUUGCAUAAAAAGUCCUCCCCAUUUACUGCAGGCAAUCACUUUGUACAGCCAAAGGUUGAAAGCUCUGAUUACUGGAGAAAUAGAGAGAAUUGAUGUUAGAGCUGAUGCAGAAGCCUUAAGAUACAAGUAUGACAAUAACACAAUAAUUGAGGCUUCAUCUCCUGAUAUAAGCUCACCAUUACACCAUCAGCUUUAUGGAAACGGGAAGAUUGGAGGUGAUGCUCCUUCAAGAGGGAGUGAAAAUCAACUUCUGGAAAGACAGAAAGCACAUGUUCAGCAAUUUUUGGCCACUGAAGAUGCACUCAACAAAGCUGCUGAAGCUAGAAACAUGAGCCAACUACUUUUGAAACGUCUCCAUGGAACUGGUGGUGCAGUUUCAAACCACUCACUUAUCGCUGCAGGAACAUCACAGAGUAUGAGCAGCCUCAGGCAACUUGAGUUAGAGGUUUGGGCCAAGGAAAGAGAAGCUGCUGGAUUGCGGGCUAGCUUGAACAUAUUGAUGUCAGAAGUACAACGCUUAAAUAAAUUGUGUGCUGAAAGAAAGGAAGCGGAGAACUCAUUAAGAAAGAAGUGGAAAAAAAUUGAGGAGUUUGAUGCCCGCAGAUCUGAACUGGAAACAAUCUACACUACAUUACUUAGAGUAAACAUGGAUGCUGCUUCUUUCUGGAGUCAGCAGCCAUUAGCUGCAAGGGAGUAUGCAUCAAGCACAAUAAUUCCUGCAUGUAAUGUUGUUGUGGACUUGUCAAAUGGUGCAAGAGAUCUCAUUGAUAAGGAAGUUUCAGCUUUCUAUCAAACUCCUGAUAAUAGCCUUUACAUGCUUCCAUCAACGCCUCAGGCACUCUUGGAGGCAAUGGGUGCUAAUGGAUCUACAGGACCUGAAGCAAUUGCUACUGCUGAAAGGAAUGCUGCAGUGCUGACUGCAAAAGCUGGUGGCAGAGAUCCUUCUGCAUUACCUUCUAUAUGCCGUAUUUCUGCUGCCCUGCAGUAUCCUGCUGGGCUGGAUGGCUUGGAUUCUGGAUUAGCAUCAGUCCUCGAGUCUAUGGAGUUUUGUUUAAAGCUUCGAUGUUCCGAGGCUUGUGUAUUGGAAGACUUGGCCAAGGCAAUUAAUUUGGUUCAUGUACGAAGGGAUCUCGUUGAGAGCGGUCAUUCAUUGUUGAAUCAGGUUCAUCGUGCACGGCAAGAGUACGAUAGGACGACUAAUUAUUGUCUAAAUUUGGCCGCUGAACAAGAAAAAACUACUACGGAGAAGUGGAUUCCAGAAUUAAAGAAUGCUGUUCUAAAUGCUCAAAAAUUCCUUGAAGACUGCAAAUAUGUCAGAGGCUUGCUUGAUGAAUGGUGGGAACAGCCAGCCUCAACUGUGGUUGAUUGGGUCACUGUCGACGGAGAAAAUGUCGCUGCAUGGCAAAAUCAUGUGAAGCAGCUUCUGGCAUUUUAUGACAAACUGUCAAAGUGGAAUCUUAAAUUGCUGUACCAUUGCUGGGAGUCUUGUGUCAUGAGACUUGCAAAUGCUAUUUAA